UGCUCACCCUCCGUCCUGAUUGGCUGCCGAGCAGACUGCCCCUCCGCCAUUGGUGAGCCUUGUCCUCCGGAGCGUCGGGCAGCCGGGCACUGAGCCUGCCAGACAUAUAGCGGAGAAGAGGAGCGGAGAGCAAGACACAGCUAUGGGAGUGGAGAUCGAGACCAUCACCCCCGGCGACGGCAGGACUUUUCCCAAGAAGGGCCAGACAUGUGUGGUUCACUAUACAGGCAUGCUGCAGAAUGGAAAGAAGUUUGAUUCAUCCAGGGAUAGGAACAAGCCUUUCAAGUUCAGGUUAGGACGGCAGGAAGUGAUCAAAGGAUGGGAUGAUGGCAUUGCACAGAUGAGCUUGGGCCAGCGAGCAAAACUGACCUGCACACCUGAUGUUGCAUAUGGAGCCACGGGGCAUCCAGGAGUCAUACCCGCCAACGCUACUCUGAUAUUCGAUGUGGAGCUGCUGAAGAUUGAAUGAACAUGUAGCGGGCCAGGCUGACAAAAGAUCUCCAAACCCAUCAUCCUCUUCCUUUCAACUGACACUACCCUCACUGCUGCAGAAGCCAGUAUGAUUGAGAAGGACCGCUUCAGCAGUGGGGUUACCAGUUUUCUCAUUAACCCUUCAGCACUGCCAGAGAAGACUGCAGUGGCUUAAAACCCAGUCUUCUCUGACAACAAUAGGGACAUCAUAACAGGACUGCUUCAAAGUGAUCCUCAGUCAACCUAUGUAGGUCACGUCUCUUUUCUUAAUAAUACUGAGCAGUUUAAGUGUACCUGUCAUGCCUUCAUAGAGGAAUUAGCCAUUUUGUGGCUUAGUAAUGUCACCAGUGAACUGCUAAGCUUGAAUUUCCAUUCAAGUCAUAAAGUAGCUGAUUUUGUAGGGCAAAGACGAUAGCUGCACUUAAAUACAGAAGGUCCAAAUUAUUUAUACAACAUAAGCUCAGCAAACUUGUUUCAAUAAGACAGUACCAAAAUGCAAAACUGAAUAUCAGUUAAUGGCAAUUGGUAUGAUUUGUUGUAAUGCAGUGCCAUGCAGUAGUUGUGGUUUACACUGCCUUAAUAAAUAAGCCUGGUAGACUGAAAGCACCAAAUACUACAUUUAGGGGAUUGAUUUUCGUAGAUCCCAGACUUAAAAUCAUGUAGUUCCUGCCAGCCAACAUACAUUCCACACAUUAACAGUAUAAAAAUGAGCUGAAAGACUUGAAAGAGACAUGAGGACCCUAGGUUUCUGAUAGACCAUUGGCUUUCCUUGCUGGCCAUUUACAGACCAGAUGUCAAAUUGCCUAACAUUUCUGCACAAAAUCACAGGGCUUGUGAUCACCAAUGAAUGUAUCCAAAAUCUGGCCUGUUCCUGGCCAUAAGAACUGAACGCUUUAUACUUAGACUUUGUACAUACUGCUUGCGGCAAAUGGAGUUACCUUCAUUUACUUCAGCUCUUUAAAGUGUGCUGACCAUAAAAUGCACUAGAUAUGAGUUUUAAAGGGUCAGUCAUCCAAAAAUGAUGCCUCUGUUUAGAGGAAAUGUUGAUGUUUGGGGGACAUAACCUAUCUGCUGCCAUCAUUAUGAGAAGGGCUGUACUCUUCCCAUUGCAUGGUAGGUUUAUUUUACAUUAAACAUACUGCCACAGGAACCUCUCAACAAAUCUGGAAUCCCAGAGAGAUGCAUGAAAAUGGUGUCCACCACCAUCCACAAAUAGUUAAGUGGAGAGAUGAUUUCCACCAACUUAAGCUGUGAGAGUGCAUUAACAAAAAGUCUAUGAAUGAGGAUGCACCGUAUGGUCAGGAUGCUAUAAAUGGCAUGCCAAAUAGGCAACGCUGUCAAGCAGUGUGUAUUGGGCCUUAUAAGUAGUCCUGUUUCUGGCAACUUACAGAGGCAGUCUUAGAACACCAGGAUGACACGUUGCUCAUUUAGGUGGUAAUUUUUUUUCUAUGUUUUUUAGUUUACUCACAUGUCCAAAUUAUUGCUCAAGUACCCAACACCCUUCUUCUGUAGUGGGUGUGGGCAAAGCUGUGGGUUCAACUCUAUAAAACAAGCAACAGCAGAGACAACUCUACAAUGAAACCCCAAUAGGAGGCGAAACACGUCAGAGAGAGGAACAUUUUUUGUUUUGCUUUUUAAAUUCAAAGAUGUUAGUGUUAUGGGACUCUGCAUUUGCCAAUUUUCUUUUUAAGGCAAUUUUAUUUUAUAAAGCCCCUCCUCCAUAUGAAAUUUAAAUUAUUAGAUAUUGAUAUUGCAGUCACGUGGAUUUAGUUUAAACAACACCUCUAUUUUUGAAUUAAAGCAACUGAGGAAGGGAAAUGUAGAACUGUGCACCGUGUCGCCUACAUUUUGUAACCUUUUUGGAAUAAAAGUGCACUGCACAAUACUGUACAAGAGUGACAUACAUGUUUAUCAGGAAAGGUAGGGAGCAAAACCACAGCAAUCAAUCAGAUUUAACCUAUUGCUGGUUGGUAUUUAAGGUUACAACUUUUUUGUACAUUGCCUAGACCUUAAAGUAGGAACUUGUUUAAAAAGACUGUGGUAGAGUCACUCUAUGCCAGCUUCUAAACCAAUUAAUAAUCACAUUCACCACAAAUUAUAGCAAUUGUUGAUUUCACCUCCCUUUAUCACAUGAUAAGGCCUGGUGAUUGGUCACUAGGCCAUAGUACUACAAUGUGAGUGGAGGUCACAUUCCCAUACCUGGCAGCAAUAGAGGAAGGAGCAGCUGGCGAGCAUUGCCAGUGGGUUGGAUAAUGAGCAAAAUGACAGACACUUUUAAAACUAGAUUUGGUGUAAAGCUAUAACUCACGAGGUAAACUGUUCAACAAGCAAAAUCAGUCCCUAUCACAAAAAAUCCCCAAUAUAAAAUCCCAUAGACAAAAACAUGAAAAUGUGGGAUGGAAAAAGGGGAACCACCUUAACUCUAAGACAAUAAAUUGAAGCAAUGACAUAUGAGGCGUUUCGGGUGUUCCACCAAAAAACGUAUGAGUUUUUUGGUGGGACACUUGAAACUAUUUAUAGAUUGUUGCUACCAUUUGGUUUAAAGCUACACAUAAACACAAAUUCUCCAUUUGGCCCUGUUGGGCAGAAAUCUGUUUUCUGUGGGGUGUGGCAGAUUCCUGCUGGUUCCCUGCCCUCUGGAGAAAUAUCUGAGGUAUAUUUUUAGGACAUGAAGGCUUAGCAAAGUUUUUUUUUUUACCACUUAUUUUUGGUGUUCAAUGGACUGCAUCUUUAAAGAGCCCUUAGGAUCACUACCACCUUUUUAUAAAUCAUCAAAGUAUCUUCCCAGAUCUUGGUUUCAGCCUAUAAGGGAAAAAAAAUUGUAUGAAUCUGCUCCUUAUUUAGGGAGUACUCAUUGCUGUUACUGGCAUUUCACUUUCUAACGUUGUGUCUGUGUUUUUUGUCUUUAAGCUUAAAUAAUCUUUAUUGCUUUUCAGGAAGAUAAGCAAAUAAAAAAAAAACACUCAACACAAAAAAUAGUCUGCUACUCUGGCUAUAACACACUCUAUAAGUUGUACAUUUUAUGUUUUAAGAUUUACUUCCAGAUGGAUAAAAGUGUUCAUGUUGAUUAAACACUGUGAAAGCAGCCAUUUUGUAAGAUUUUGGAGGUAGAAUUGUUACAUACAAUUACCAAUCAGAAUCAUUCAGGGGAAAUUUUAACAGUUCUUCGGGCACAUUCAAUUUUAAAGACCACUUAUUUUAAUAGUACCAUUGCUUUGUAGUAUCAGGUUUGAGCUAUUACUUCCUGCCUUCUUGAUGUCACAAAUUCCUAGCGAAUUGAUAAGCUGCUUUCUCAGGACGACUUGGUUCCACUCACAAAAUGGCUGCCCUCAUGCAUUGUUUGAGACUGACACACUUCAAUGAUGUUUUGCUGAAGCUUUGCUGUGCUGUCUGGAGGCAAGAUUUGUUUUUUAAUUUUAAUUUAGAUGUGACAUAACUCACAAUAUGACUAAAUCAAAUAAUCUUGUAUUAAAAAAAAUAGAAAAAAUAUAAAUAAACCCACUGCCUUACAGUACACAUAAGAAAGGAGGUGCUUGGAAAAAUCUGUGCGCGACCCAAUGCGCAAAUGGGCAUUAUCUAAGGGUUACCUGCCGUACCACACCAACUCAAACCUGUACGUAUUGCUUGCUGCUGAUCAAAACAAAGCCUCUCCUUUAAGUACCUAUAUACAGAUCUAUAUAUAUAAGAAACAAAACAAUAAAUUUUAUGAAUAACCUUGUGUUUUA